AUGAUUGUCCUUCCGGUUUUUCUGCUCAGUGUAUGUGUAGCGAGGGCGUCCCAUUUCUCGGUCCCUAAUACUAUUCCAAACCUCUCUUCUUGUGUCUCGGAACCGACGUUCUACUCUUGCGAGAAUACGACUGAAAUUAAAAAUACCUGCUGCUCCCCGACUCCAGGCGGUCUGGUUUUACAAACUCAGUUCUGGGAUAUGUACACUGGGUUUGAGAAGGAAGGACAACUUCUUCCCAAAAACAGCUGGACAAUUCAUGGACUUUGGCCUGACUUUUGUGACGGGAGCUUCACGCAAUACUGUGAUUUAUCAAGACAGUAUGACCCAGCACCGUCGCCUAACACGACAAACGGUCUGCCGAACGGUACUGUAGUCCCUCCGUACCACGGACCUGGAGUGGAUACAUUCAUAACUGACUUUGGUCGAUUUGACCUCCUUGACUAUAUGAACAAAUACUGGGUUAGCCAAGGAUCGCCAAAUAACGAAUUCUGGGCUCACGAGUUUUCAAAACAUGCAACGUGUACAUCUACUUUCGACGUCGCCUGCUACGCAAACUACAAACAACACGAGGAUGUCGUCAAUUUCUUCGAGGCUGUAGUCCGCGCAUUUCAUAUGUUUCCGACGUACGACAUGCUCACUGCAGCUGGUAUUGUUCCCUCAAACAGCACAACAUAUACACUUGCACAGAUUCAAGCCGCCAUCAAGGCGCAAACCGGAGCGACGCCCUUCGUCGGUUGUGGUGGAAAUGGGACCAUCCUCAACGAAAUGUGGCAUUUCUCACACGUACUUGGCACAGAGCAGUAUGGACGCUUCAAACCCGUUGAUUCGACAACUACGUCAACAUGCUCCGAACAUGGGAUUUGCUAUCUUGAACGCACACCUACUUCGGAACGGGACGUACGAGUAGAUCCCUGA